AUGGUACCAAUCAGGUCCAUGGAAGGAGAGAGAAAUCACACCUCUGUGGUCAUGUUUGUUCUCCUGGGACUCUCAGAUGAAAAAGAGCUGCAACUUAUCCUCUUCCCAAUUUUCCUAGGAAUCUACCUUGUGACUCUAAUAUGGAACCUGGGUCUCAUCAUCCUAAUCAGGAUGGACUCCCACCUGCACACACCUAUGUACUUUUUUCUCAGUUUCCUGUCAUUUUUAGACAUCUGCUAUUCUUCUUCCACCAGCCCAAGGAUGCUUUCAGACUUCUUAAGAGAUGUAAAAAUGAUUUCCUUCACUGCCUGUGCCGCCCAGUAUUUUGUUGGGUGCUGGAUGGGUCUGGCUGAGUGCUGCCUUUUGGCUGCCAUGGCCUAUGACAGAUAUAUUGCUAUUGGUAGGCCUCUGCAGUACUCAGUCGUCAUGACUCCCAGCCUUUGUCAGAAGAUGGUUGCUGGGGCCUGUGGGAGUGGUUUCCUUGGUAGCUUAUUUCUAACAGUGGCUUGCUUUCAUCUCUACUACUGUGGGUCCAAUAUCAUUCCAAAUUUCUUCUGUGACAUAACCCAGAUUAUUUCCUUGUCUUGCUCUGAUCCCUCCAUCAGCCAAAUGGUUCUUUUUCUGGUGUGUACUUUUGUUGGGUUCAAUUCUUUCCUAGUUACCAUCUUAUCAUAUGGUUUUAUUGCAGCUUCCAUCCUGAAAAUAUCUUCUGUGAAAGGUAGUGCCAAGGCCUUCAAUACUUGUGCCUCUCACCUGGCAGUUGUAACAAUCUUCUAUGGCACAAGCCUCUCUGUGUACCUGCUUCCCAGCUCUAACCACUCCAACAAGCAGGACAAGGUGCUGUCAGUGUUCUAUGUUAUCUUUAUCCCCAUGUUAAACCCUCUUAUCUAUAGUCUGAGGAACAAGGAGAUCAAAGAGGCCCUCAAGAAGGUGAUAAAGAGGCUAACACAUUUUACUCAGUAAGAACCAUAUUCGUGCAGGUAUUAUUUCC